AAAGAAAGGCUCUCACAACACUUCCUGCCCACACAGGUCUUAGCAUGGAUGAGACACGGAGUAGCUCAAGACCGGCAUCCUCUCAAUGCCAUUCCCAUCCUGUGAGCCCCUGGAGAAACAUGGUGGAAUAUUUCAAGAAAAUUGUAAAGAACUCGAUAUCUCAGAAGUUUCGCCAUUGGGUAAAGGACUACUGCAAAAGGAAUGGAUUGCUCACCUUGUCUGUGUUGGCUGUGAUAUCAGGCUGUGUGGUGGGGUUCACGUUAAGAAGCUUGAACUUGUCAACACAGGCAAAAAUCUACUUUUCUUUUCCUGGAGAACUUCUCAUGAGAAUGCUGAAAAUGUUAAUUCUUCCUCUCAUCACAUCCAGUUUAAUGUCUGGCUUGUCUGCAAUGGACACCAAGGCCAGUGGACGCCUGGGCCUUCUCACCAUCACAUACUACCUGUGGACUACCUUCAUUGCUGUAAUUGUUGGAAUUAUUCUAGUGCUGAUCAUUCAUCCUGGAACUGGUACUGAGAAAGAAGGGCAUAAAGCUGCAGGAGGGCCAGUGAUGACAUCUGCUGAUGCCCUGCUUGAUUUAAUCAGGAACAUGAUCCCAUCCAAUCUGAUUGAGGCCACAUUUCAGCAGUAUAAGACAGAGCUUGUGCCUAAUUUUAAAAACAGUGUGAAAUCAUCACAAGCCAACUUUGUUUACAUCAUGCCAGACUACGACAACCCCAGAAUGGGUCACCCAGUGUUUCUGGAAAUCACCCCUCCUCCUGAGAUUCACUACAAGAUCGUUCCAGGCAAAAGUAAUGGGAUGAAUGUGCUAGGAAUCGUCAUUUUCUCAGCCACUAUGGGUCUUCUGCUUGGUAGAAUGGGAUCCAGAGGCACUCCUUUGGUGAACGUGUGUCUAUGUAUCAAUGAGUGUGUCAUGAAGAUCAUUAAUGCUGCUAUGUGGUACUUCCCAUUUGGAAUCGUAUUUCUGGUUGCUGGAAAGAUCCUGGACAUGCAUGAUCCUGCAGUCCUUGCAGAAAAGCUGGGCAUGUACUUCAUAACUGUCCUGGCAGGGCUGUUCGUCCAUGGUGUGAUUUUGCUACCAAUGUUCUUCUACCUGUUCACCAGGAAAAACCCAUUCAGCUACAUCCGUGGCCUCCUUCAGGCUCUGGUUAUCGCUUUGGCAACUUCGUCCAGUUCAGCUACUCUGCCCAUUACAAUGAAGUGUUUGCUGGAAAACUGCCGUGUGGAUCGGAAAAUAGCUCGAUUUGUGCUUCCUGUUGGUGCCACCAUUAAUAUGGAUGGCACAGCGCUUUAUGAAGCAGUGGCAGCCAUCUUCAUUGCACAGGUCAACGAGUAUGAGCUAGACUUUGGACAACUUGUUACAAUCAGUAUCACAGCUACAGCGGCAAGUAUUGGAGCAGCUGGAAUCCCUCAGGCUGGUCUCGUUACCAUGGUUAUUGUCCUUACCUCAGUGGGUUUGCCUCCAGAUGACAUCUCACUCAUUGUUGCCAUUGACUGGAUCUUGGAUCGAUUUCGAACAAUGAUCAACGUACUUGGAGAUGCUUUAGCUGCAGGAAUCAUGGCUCACGUGUGCAAAAAGGACUUUCAGAAAGGCAUCCCAUCAACAACCAACUCAGAGAGAAGAGACACUAUGAUAUCCUUUGGAAACCAAAGUGUGCAGAGUUUUCCCACUUCUGAGGUUCCACUACUGGCCAACAGGGACUACAUCUUAGAGGUUAUUGGGGAUCAAGUGAUUGAGAAGCCGGCUGCCUGUUACAACCUCUGCCAAGUCUAACUUUGACUGGUGUUACCAAGCAGGAACAUAAGUUGCCUUUACCUCACAAAAACCUUCCCCCCUUUUCUUUCCUUUGCAACACACUUGUGCCAUUCUGUUUUUACAUGAGAUUAUACUCUAACCUAAAGUCGCCUUUGGUGAACUUGUAAAAUGAAGGCAUUUGGGUGCUUUUGACAUUUUGAUUUGGGGGUUUUGAUAUGGUUAGUGGCUCUUUAAAAAAAAAAACUCACGUUCAGAUGUUUUACAUAUUUAUCUUCUAGAAUUGCCUUAAAAUGCAAUAGCUUUUCGCAGUAAAACUGAUAGAGCAUUAUAAGAUGAUAUCCAAUCAGAAAACAUUAUGCAACUAGAAAUUAGACAGUCAUUAGCUCCAGAACUACAAGGCCAGGGCUAUGGAUGUUAAAUCAUCAGUUGCCUUGUUACAGUGUACUGUGAAUGUUGAUGACAAAAAAAAUUAAUGACUAUAUAAACAUGCAUGGUGUGUAUUUUCAUUAUUUAGAUAUUUCAAAAAGCAUAAUCCAUCUGUUCACUUCAGUUAGGAUGGCAAUUAAAUUAUCAUAUUUGGAUAAAAUUAUUGUGCACUGUUAUUAUGAAUUGUUUUCUUAAUAAAA